AUGCAUCAGUAUGAUAAGGAAGAUGCAUUGUCGGACAACACCCCCAGUGACUCCAGCGCGCUUUAUCACGUGUCGAAGCGAGAAAAGCUUUACCAUGAAGCCAAGCUGUUGAAGGAAAAGCUGACCGAAAAUACGGACGUCGUCCGUUUAAGACUCCUGCGGCAGCACACAUAA